CAAAUUAAAAUUGUCCGAAUGACGGAAGACAGAAGAAUAGUGUGCCGUGUACGUGAUCAUGCAUAUGGCGUUGUAAAAAAGGUAGUAGUGUUGCUGUCUCUUAAAAUUCAGUCACUUUAUUCCAUAAAAUUGGCCUUUCAUUUAGAAUAGUAGUUUAACGUAAGAUAUUUUUGCUAUUUGAACGUUAAUUCGAUAAUAGAUGGUACGUGGAAAACGCUUCAAAUAGAAGUAAUUCCAAGCGUGCAGAAUUUUUCCACUCGUAUCUUUGGGAACGACGUUUUAUUUUGUUUUUGCUUGUGUGGGAGGUCUCGUCCAGAAGGGCGCUACCAUCUUAUAUGACUUUAGUAAGCCACAAAGAGACAUUAUUAACCAGAAGCAUAGUUGGGAGUUUAGGGCCCGGGCCAGCGAGGUGUAUGACUUCGCAGCGACGUGAGCCCACCUGUUAUAGGACGACAAAAUUUUCAUCAACAAAUAGGCAUCGGAAACUCCAACCCUUCAGAGAAACGUGACUGGCGACAGCAUUGAGAAUUUUAGCAGCAAAAUUAACAGCAGCAGCAGUCACACAACCACAGUCACCGCAAUCAUUGUCGACGACGUCCAUAACGAUAACAAAGCCGUUGGUACACCGCUGGCAUCAUGGGCAGCGUCAACGUCAAUCGCAACGUCAGCGAUGUCUUCUAUCGCUACAAGAUGCCCCGGCUGAUGGCCAAAGUGGAAGGUAAAGGCAACGGCAUCAAGACAGUCAUCGUCAACAUGGCUGAAGUGGCUAAAGCUCUCGGCCGACCACCCACCUACCCGACAAAAUAUUUUGGAUGUGAAUUAGGCGCUCAGACGCAGUUCGACUUCAAAAACGAGCGCUUCAUCGUCAAUGGUUCGCACGAUGCCGGCAAGCUGCAGGAUUUACUCGACGGCUUCAUCAGAAAAUUCGUUUUGUGUCCCGAAUGUGAUAACCCGGAAACGGAGCUGCUGGUUUCCACGAAGCGCAGCACUAUUUCGCAAGGUUGCAAAGCAUGCGGUUACCAUGGUGCAUUAGAAUCCAACCACAAAUUAGUGACGUUCAUUUUGAAAAACCCGCCAAAUUUGAAUCCGGCGGUGCAAGGUUCGUCCUUGACUGAGGGAAAACGGUCAAAAAGAAGCAAACGUGCCAAUGGAGAUACAAACGGAGACACCAGCCAAGUCGACGACCAGGCCAACGAAAGUUUGGACGUGUCGGUCAGCGAAAAUUCCAACAAACCGGGUGAAAACGACGACGAUACCGAAUGGGCAGCGGACGUUUCUGAAGAAGCCGUGCGAGCUCGCAUGCAAGAUUUGACCGACGGCGCCAAGAACAUGACCAUUACCGAUGAUUUGGAAAAAACGGAAAAAGAGCGCAUGGACAUAUUUUACGAGCUGGUGAAGUCAAAACGCGAUGCUGGUCAGCUGGAUAACGCGCAAAUUUUCAAAGAGUUGUUCAAUGAAGCCGAAAGACUCGAAAUCAAAACAAAAGCACCACUCGUUCUAGCCGAAGUCCUUUUUGAUCAAAACAUGCGGACACAGUUGUAUGACUACAGGAUGCUGCUGCUGCGUUUUUGUCACGAGGAUAAAAAAGCACAGAGAUAUUUAAUAGGGGGUUUUGAGCAGGUGAUCGCUUUGCAUCGCGAUGCAUUGCUCAACAAGGUGCCAGGGUUACUGAAAAUUUUGUACGACCUAGACAUUUUGAGCGAAGCCACGAUUAUCGCUUGGGCAGAAAAGGUAUCAAAGAAGUAUGUGUCGAAGGAAAUAAGUCAAGAAAUACACGACAAGGCUGCCCCGUUUGUAAAGUGGCUGAAGGAGGCUGAGACUGAGGAGUCAGAAAGUGAGGAAGGAAGCGACGAUGAAGUUGAAAUUGAAUACAACGACCGUGCUCAAGUUGUUCCAUUGAAGCCAACUUCCACUGCUAAUAAUAAACAAGAAGUGGAUGAUGGAGAGGAUGACGUCGAUAUCGAUGCCAUUUAAAGAUUUCAUCCCGAUAACAGGGUGUCGAGUGCUCUUUUUGUUUUCCUCUCAAUUUAAGGUGCACUCGACUUAUUAUUUUUGUCUCAGAUUCGCAUUAUUUUUACCUUUUAAUAUUCAUCAAAUAAUUGUAUGUUUAACAAUUAAUGUUUGGACCCUUUUUGUUAAGCCAGGUAGUUUAUGAAAAUCUGGUAUUCAACAUUUUCAAUGUAAAAGAACUUCCAUUUCCCAAAUAAAAUAUGGUUACUAUGUUAUUUGCAUUAGGCUUUCAUUAUAAUAAAAUGGUUUUCUGUUUACACUAUUAUAUGAAAUGUUCUAUUAAGAGUUUUAUUAAUUAUAAUUACUAUUAGAAUUACAUAUAUAGGUUUACAUAUUUCCCAUGUCAAAAUAUGGAGCAAGAUGUAUCCGUGGGUUUACGAUUUUAUUACUGUUUAAAUGUGAAUAAAUUUUAAAGCAUCUUCA